AAUCGAUUCUCAAUCCAAUCGUGUACAUUGCAAAGCAAUUGCCAACAAACGGUAGCUCAAUUCCAACAAACUUUUAACUCGUGUAGUUUUUUUUUUCGAACCAAGUGAAAAAAUGAUGAACUUCAACAAAAAGUGUUUUUUCGUUGUUAGCGGUCUUGCCAAUGAACUUGGCAAAAUUGUAGCCAUUGAAUUUUGCAAGAAAUUCAAGGCAGGAUCUGUAGUCGUCCUUUUCGAAGAUUCUCAGCCAGAUUUGGCCCGUACCAAGGCAGCCAUUUACUCGCUACAAAAUCAAAUUAAUGUCAUUUGCUGCAACAUCGAUUGGACCCAAGGACGAAUGGACUUUUUCCAAAAUCAUCUCGAUGAAAUUUUAAGCGACUUGAAUCGUGACGACUUCGAAAUGGCUUUUAUUGUUCACAAUGAAGGAGCUAUAGCAACAGACGUUGUAUGUGAGCCCAAAAAUAGUGACUUGUGGUUGCAUUACGUUCAAAUCAGUCUUAAUGCAACAGUUGGUUUGAAUCAGGCAUUCUUAAACACUUUCAAGGAUACCAACAAAUUGGUGGUAAAUCUUACACCCAGUGGUCAAAUAAUUCCAUUCCAAUUUGAGAAACUCAAGUGUUCGGCGAAAAAGGCGCGUGAUAUGUAUUUCCGGGCAAUGGCCGCAGCUGAGGAUAAAGUUACUGUACUCAAUUAUCGUCCAGGAUUUUUGGAAUCAUUCGAAACUAACAAUCAAUUUGAUCCGAAUAAUAACAUCAGUGAAGUGCAGGCGAUUAAAGUUACUCUGAAGGCAAAGAAACCAUACGUGAAGCCAAUGGAAAGUGUACACAAGCUGAUUAAUACUUUGGAGGGUUCGAAAUUUACAUCUGGACACGAUGUCGAUUACUACAGUUGUUGACUAAGUUUUAAAGUAACACCAAAUAGUAGCUUGUAUGAUAACUUUUAUAAUCCAUUGUCAAAAGUUAUUGACAAUUUAGUUAAAUUUAAGAAUAAAAUUAUUUAUUGCUAUACAAA